CCUAUCAAGAGAAGGAAGCAUUAUCUACCCUUAAAAUAUUUGACGUAAUGUACAUAACUCAUUUCUGUGGACCCACAGCAACAGUGUUAUUUUUUGGGUUGUAUCCGAUUGCAGAACUGUUAAGAGGUAAUAGAAAGCUACCGUUUAACGCCUGGUAUCCCUAUGAUUAUAAAAUAUCGCCGAUUUAUGAAUUAACUUAUUUUCAUCAAUUGACUGCUCCUUUUACAAUGGCUCAAAUUCAAGUUCACACAGAUUGUUUGUCAAUUAACCUGAUUGCAAUUCUUAUUGCGCAGCUUGAUAUUCUAGCUGACAAUGUAAAGAAUAUUUCUAGAACAAAGUAUCAGCAAUCGGAUAAAGCUUCCGAAAUGAUGGAGACGGAACUACUUGACUGUAUACAACACCAUAAGGAAAUUUUGUCAUGUUUUGGAGAUGUUUAUCAGUUCUUAAAUAUUACUAUGUUUGCACAGUUUUUAAUAAGUACCAUAUCGCUCUGUUUAACGCUGUUGGAGCUAUCUGUACUUAGUCCCGCAAGUACGCAUUUUGCUGCCCUAAUUAUUUAUAUGUCAGCUCUUAUGGUGGAAUUGCUGUUAUUCUGUUGGUGGGGCAAUUUACUUAUAGUAAAGAGUCAGCUAUUACCUCAAGCAGCAUUUGAAUGUGAUUGGCUAGCAGGGUCUAUAACUUUUAGAAAAAAUUUAUCUUUCUUUAUUUUUCGAGCACAAAAAGAGAUGGCACUAUAUGCGGUGGAUUUCUUUAAAAUUUCUCUAGGAAGUUUUGUUCUGAUUCUUAAAAAUUCAUAUUCGUUUUACGCCGUUCUGCGCCGAGCAAACAAUGCUGCUACAAACUGAUUUUCACUAAAAAGCUGAAGUUUAUUUAGAAGCUGUUUGAUGCCUCACAUAUUUAUAUGAUAAGAUACUGGUACUUUUUCAUGAGUCUUUGCAA